GCAUCGUGGGAAGAACAUGCCAUUCUGAAGCGCCUCGUCAGUUGCACAGCUUACCCUCUACCACCACAUCAUGGAGGCCUUAUUUUUCAAUGUCGAUAGCGGCUUUCUCGAAGGAACAGUUCGAGGGUACAAGGCUGGCAUCCUCACCCAAAGCCAUUACGCCAACCUAACUCAAUGCGAAACGCUAGAAGAUUUUCGAACGCAGCUGGCCGCGACUGACUAUGGCAACUUUCUGGCCAACGAGCCCCUACCAAUUUCGACCUCGACCAUCACCGACAAGGCAACACAGAUUCUUGUGGACCAAUUCAAUUACCUCAGAACGAAUGCUGUAGAGCCUCUAAGCAAAUUUCUGGACUAUAUUACGUAUGCGUACAUGAUCGACAAUGUCGUCCUUCUCAUCACUGGAACGCUACAUGAACGGGACACGCACGAGCUAUUGGAGCGUUGCCAUCCCUUGGGGGUGUUUGAUACGAUGCCCGCUCUCUGCGUAGCGACAAAUGUGGAAGAACUUUACCAGAGCGUCUUAGUUGAAACUCCCCUGGCACCAUAUUUCCGUGACUGUUUAUCUGCCUCUGACCUUGAUGACCUCAACAUUGAAAUCAUUCGAAACACGGUCUACAAGGCCUACCUUGAAGACUUCUACAACUUCUGUUCAACCCUCGGGUCAACCACAUCUGAGGUCAUGCAACGCAUCCUAUCCUUCGAAGCAGAUCGCCGAACGGUCAAUAUCACCAUCAACUCUUUCAACACAGACCUUAGCAAAGAACAGCGUGCCAAGUUGUUCCCUGCGAUCGGCCGACUCUUCCCAGAAGGCAAUAACCAGCUUGCGAAGGCAGAUGACAUUGACCAGGUUCGACAAGUUUGCGAAAAUGUGUCGGAGUACCGGUCAUUCUUUGCCGAAAGCUCACACUUGAACAGCAAUGGCGAUGAUUUGAGCGCGGUGUCGCAGCUGGAGGAUCGCUUCUUCAAUACUGAAGUGCAUCUCAACAAGCUGGCGUUCCUUCAACAAUUCCAGUAUGGAAUCUUUUACGCUUACAUGAAAUUGAAGGAGCAGGAGAUUCGGAAUCUGACAUGGAUAGCAGAGUGCAUAGCACAAGAUGCGAGGGAUAGGAUGCAGGACUUUAUACCCAUCUUCUGAUUGAGAGGACUUUGUUUACUAUCGA